GCAGGGUUUAUUGUCUCAACCCAGGAUGUUAGUUUGCUCCGGAAGUGGCAUUCCGCAUUAUUUUUCCGUUUACAAGCCGUUAUCGGGUUAUUCCGGUUUUUAUAAAUUGUUAUGUCAUUACGUCUAAAGCGCUAUAAAAACCCCAACUAGAGCACUUCAACAGCUCCAGUUGAAUCAAAGUUUAAACCACUCAGGUCCGAAAACGCCUCAGACCGCUUGAAGAAACACUUGAACGAUGCAAAUAUUGAAAAAGAAUAAGAAAUCCUCCAAGCGUGGAGCACUUAUCCUACACCAAUUUGCUCCGACAGAGUUAUCAGUUAGUGGUUCACCGCCUUGUCUGAAGUUGGAAACUUUCCUUCGUAUGACAAAGAUCCCGUACCAGAAUGACUAUCGCUUGAAGUUUUCCAAGAAGGGAAAAAUGCCGUGGAUUGAGUUUAAUGGGCAAGAAAUCGCUGAUUCCAAUUUUUGUAUUCAGUUCCUGAAAAGGGAAUUUAAAGUGGACAUUGAUUCUCAUUUGAACAGCACGGAAAAAGCCAUGUCUCAUAGUGUUCGGACCAUGCUAGAGGAAAACACUUAUUGGUAAGUAUUCUCAGUUAGUUCCCAUGAAGAUUUGAACCAGAGAUCUUCGGUUUUGUGCCCUCCCGUGUUCUAGCAUUGCGCUAUAACGAACUCUACUAUGCAAAGUAGCUGGCGCCUUUACUUAAAAAAAAAAGGAAAAAUUUUCCCCACCCCACCCCAGCCAAUAAAUAAUGAAUUGUUCUUAAGAGCCGUUACAAACAUAAGAAUCAUGUGGUGGUUAAAUCUCCUUAAAAUUUCCUCUUUUCCAAUCCUUUAACAGGGCUCUUGUUUACUGCCGUUGGCUGUCUGCAUUUGGAGCAGAAUAUCGAAGGAGGGUGUUCACGAAAAAGUUUGGCCAUCUCGUCUUCCCCCUUAAACAUCUGAUAGCUCGCCAUAUAACGAAGAGAAUCAAACGGGAUCUAUGGGGACAUGGCAUGGGUCGACACUCGGAACAAGAACUGUAUGGAAUCGCGCAGAGAGAUUUACUAGCAGUCUCGGAAAUUUUAGGCCAGAAGAAAUUUCUGUUUGGAGACAAACCUUGCCUUGCAGAUGUAGCACUGUUUGCCUUCAUUGCUGCAUCCGCCUGGGACCUUCCAGAAAGUCCGUUUGACGAACUUAUCAAGACAAAAGCACAGAACCUUCAUACGCAUGCUCAGAGGAUGAAAGAGCUCUAUUACCCAGACUGGGAUGAAAUCAUCUCGAGAAAUGCGACAUCUAGCUAAGAGCUCUGUCAGACUAAAUGUCAUCCACUGAAGGGAAGAUAACGAAAGGAAGAAAAAAAAACUGCCAAAAAUUUCUCUCGAGAAAAGCUUAACGGUCUGCAGUUCCGAUUGACGUCAUCAGAUUUUACCGAUUAAAAUCUUAGACAAGUUAUCAACGUGUAAAUACCUGUUUAUAGAUUUGUAAAUACUUAUUUAAAUCUUGGUUAUAGCCUAUCCUUGCGAUAUAGUGCUCGAUGUGUUUGCAGAGCGUUUUCUGUGACUCUGAGUUUCACGCUUACGCGAUCAUCAGACAGAUUUUAAUGAAGAGUAUACCUCACUUAGUUUAAAUAUAUACAGUGGUUGGUCAAUUAGUGGAUCUAUUGUAAUCUGAGGUCAAUGUCCAUUGGGAAGUACUUGUUCUCAUGGCGGCAUUUAGAAAUUAAUUCAGUUCUUUUGUGGAGGUUACUUGCUUUGUCGGCUUUAAUGGUGUGGAGUUUUUCAGUUAGGCAAAGGUCGCAUCGUUUGGAAAUAUUGUUAUAGGCGCUUCAGUGCUAAAGAGAUGAUAGACCAGCUUAUUUUGUCGUUUCCCUUGUUGUCCUUGAGUUUCCAGAUGUGUUUUGCUAGUUCGGUCUGAUGAUUGCGUAAGCGUGAAACUCAGAGUCAUUAUUUAUUAGCUCAACUUUCAGAUAUAAAUUACUUAGUUUUGAUUAAUUUAAUUACCAUUCAAUGUUGUAAAUAUAACUGAUCAAUUUAUUCAUUCAGGAACUUUUAUAAAGUGGUUAUGAUAAUCACUCUAAAAUACUGGAAGUAUCUCAUGUUUUAUUUGUACUAUACGUCUGAAAUUAUAGAACUAGCUUUGAACCAGUAGUAUGUACAUUUUUAAAAGUCAAAG